CUGCCCCUCCCCCGCUGUAAAAUUCGGGGUUUGCGUCCCGACGCCCAAGCACUUUCUUUGGCCUAGACCAACCGCAACGGCUCCCUUCGGCAAGAAACGCAAAUCCGUCAAUCAACGUAAACCACUCGCGCCUGUCUUCCUUCUCAACAACUUUUACCUCUUCUUCCUUCUUUUCCCAAUCAUCAUCCUUUUUUCUUCAUCUUCUCAAUUCAAUCCCACCCGCCUUCACCUAGCUUCUGCUCUGCUUCCUCUCUACAACAGCUAGCUACCCCUCACAAAACACUGCCCACCAUGACUCAAGAACCCGAGAAGAUCAACACCGACAUUGUCACCCUCACUCGCUUCCUGACUGAAGAGCAGGUCAAGCACAAGGAGGCCACUGGUGACUUCACCCUCCUCUGCCACGCCCUCCAGUUCUCCUUCAAGUCCAUUGCCUACUACAUCCGUCGCGCUACCCUCAUCAACCUCACUGGUCUCGCUGGCUCCUCCAACACCACUGGCGAUGAGCAAAAGAAGCUCGAUGUCAUUUCCAACGACAUCUUCAUCGAGGCUAUGCGCUCUUGCGGCAAGUGCAAAGUCCUAGUCUCUGAGGAAGAAGAGGAGGUUAUCAUCUUCGAGAACGCCACUGGUGCCCGCUACGCUGUUGCUUGCGACCCCAUUGACGGCUCCUCCAACUUGGACGCCGGUGUCUCUGUCGGCACCAUCUUUGCCAUCCACAAGCUCCCCGAGGGCUCACAGGGCACCAAGGAGGACAUCCUCAAGCCCGGUACUGAGCUGGUUGCUGCCGGGUUCACCAUGUACGGUGCCUCUGCUCAGCUCGUCCUCACCAUGAAGGACAGCACCGUCAACGGCUUCACUCUCGACAACGGCGUCGGCGAGUUCAUCCUCACCCACCCCAACAUGCAGAUGCCCAAGUCUCGCGCCAUCUACUCCGUCAACGAGGGUAACUCUCUCUACUGGGAGAAGCCCACCAUUGACUACUUCAACUCUCUCAAGUUGGCCCAGUCCAACGGCAAGCCCUACAGCUCCCGCUACAUCGGUUCCAUGGUUGCUGAUGCUUACCGUACUCUUCUGUACGGAGGUGUCUUUGCCUACCCCGCUGACAAGAAGAGCCCCAAGGGCAAGCUCCGUAUUCUGUACGAGUGUGCUCCCAUGGCCAUGGUCUUUGAGAACGCCGGUGGCCAAGCUGUUGACAGCAACAUGAAGAGAAUGCUCGAGGUUGAGCCCGAGCACAUCCACGACCGUGCCGGUAUCUUCAUGGGCAGCUACGACGAAGUUGAGAAGGUCAAGCAGUUCCACCUGCAGGCCUAGGAAACGAUUGAAUAAUCCGACCAAAAAUACCAACAAAAUACAAACUACUAUUAUUUUGCACAUACCCGGCGCUGGAGCAAGUACUAAGGAAUGCAUGAACCCGUUAUGAUAAAGGAAAAAAAGGAUUUAUUUUAUAUGGAAGGGAUAUGAGAAGGAACUAUAGCACAUUAAUGAAAACACUGAACUUUUGGGUACUUCGAGAUUGUCCACUCACGGGAGCUAUACGGAUUGCCACUUUGCAUUGAGCAUCUUGGCCUUGUUCUUACUUUAGAUGAUGACGUUUCUAAUCGGAGACGAACCAAAGACGUUUCUAAGUCUUCAUGAAAAGGAUGUUAUGGCAUUGGAUCAUAGAGAGCGGGCGUAGAGGGGUCACAGUAGCUAACUUUGUCACGUCCCGUCGUUGUAUAUGAACUAAACGAGUGUAUUUUGAUCUUCGGCGCUCAAAUUGAGACACGUUUUUAUUGUGUUUUUAAUCUAGCUAUGUAUACGCCUGCUAGAUCCACCAAACUAACAAUUGCAUCGUCACGGUAUAUGCUACCCGUGAGGCUUGGGAGAUCAACAGACACCGUGAGGUGCCUAUGACAACUAUUAGACCUGGCCUAAUAGACCAUUUUAAAUCUUAAAAUUUAAUUCUAUCAUCAUACUAAGGUAAAAUAGACACUAAUACACAAUAGUAGUUCUGGUAAGGAAACCAUGGGGCAGCAAAUACGCACCUACACAUAGGACACAGAGUAAUCCGAAGACAAAUUACAUACUUGAAUAGUCUCUCAAGUUCACAGUACAAAUUAUAAGAGCGUCCUAGCUUCAUUAAGUCACGAACUGUGACAUUGACUCGUUCCCAGAAUCUCCCCUCCCUGCCCGUGGUAGACUCUUUUACCAAAACUUGGGGAUCAAACGAGGAGUGUUGUUUCUCCAUUCCUGGUAAUCCUUGCGGUGGCCAAACUUCUUGUCAUACUUAGGCUCGCUAAGAGGAAUUCCAGAAACCUUGAGCAACAAGAAGCUAAUGAAGGCAGGGCUGAGAAAGGAAAUGGCGGAAGUUAAGGCGAUUCCAGGGACACCUCCAGAGAGUCCCAAGGCAAACUGAACAGGGCGCUGUGCCAAGAUGCCAGCUGCCGUAGUAGCCAGACCCGUCCACAUGGUAAUUUCUCCAAAGUAGUUGGGGUAGCGGCACAAGUUGAAGAAUCCUCCCGUCAAGAACUCCUGGUCGUGGACCUUGUCGCGCUUCUCGCGCAACCAGCGGCUCUUUUGCAUAUCAGCGCCAACCUCAAAGAUAAAUCCAGCACCCCAUAGUCCCAAUCCGAUAGCAGUAGUAGGAGAGACCUUGCUAGCGGCCAGAGUGGCCGACGGGACAGCGUUGAGGGCAAGAACAGGCAUCAUCUGGAAGCUCACCCAGAGGGCUUGCAUGAAGAAUGUAAAGGAGAAUCGAGCAGGGCGGUGUCGGAUCUUGUCGAAGCGGGAGUCGGUGCCGUGGUCAGUAAUGCGGGAAAGGAGGUACGAUCCA